CAGGCCGAGCCGUGCGGGGCCGUCGGGAGCUGGACAUGGGAAGCACCACGGCGCCAGAAAUGCGGACGCUGCCUCUCGCCUGCCUGACAUUGCUCCUGCUCCACAGAUCCCCGGGUACCGGUGCCCAGGAGUUUCUGGACUUCAAGCUACAUCAGCCCCAGGGCAAUGUGUCAGUGACAGCGGGGGAGACGCUCACCCUGACCUGCACCAUAUCUGGAGAUGGUCCCGUUGGUCCUGUGAAGUGGCUGAAGGGCUGGGGCAGUGAGAAUGAGACCUUUUAUGAGUUCCCCCGUGUGACGAGGGCAGCAGCUGGGUCCAGCACAGACUUCACCAUCCUCAUCAGGGACGUUCGCCUCGAGGAUGCCGGCACCUAUUACUGCGUGAAGUACCAGAAGUCUGUGCAUGGUGUUUCGGUGUUUAAGCGUGGAGAGGGCACUGAGGUGUCCGUGUACGCCAAACCCAGCAGGCCGGUCGUGUCCGGGCCAUGGAACAGAGCAGGGCCGGGGCAAUCGGUGCCUUUCACGUGCACGGCCGGAGGGUUCUUCCCCAGAGAAAUCGCUGUGAAGUGGCUGAAGGACGGGGCCCAGAUCUCGGCUCAGCAGCCCCAGGUCACCCCCGGGCGGACGAAAUCCUCCUACGACGCGUCCAGCACCGUGUCGGUGACGCUGCAGGAGGGCGACGUCCGCUCGCAGCUGCAGUGCGAGGUUCAUCACCGCACGCUGCCGGCCCCGCUGCGGAGCAGCUUCCAGCUCAGCCGAGCCCUGCGAGUGCCCCCCAGCGUGCAGGUGGUGGCUGAGCCGCCGAGCCCCGUGGAGGUGAACAAGACGGUGAACUUGACGUGCCUCGUGAAGGGGUUUUACCCGGGAGACGUGGCCGUCGCCUGGCUGGAGAACGGGACGGAGAUGAGCGCGGAGAGCCCCCCCCCGCCGGCGGAGACCCCGCGGGGCUUGUUCGAGCUGCGCAGCCUGGUGGAGGUGCAAGCGACGGAGGAGAAGAACGGGUCCGUGUUCACCUGCCGCGUGGUGCACGACGCCCAGGGCCCCGUCAGCGGGACGAGCACCCUGCGGAUCGCUGCCCCGGCCAAGGGCGGGCUGAGCGACCGGUCCCAGACUGAUAACGAUAUGAGCCUCCUGUCCAGCCCCGGCUUGUGGCUUGGCAUCCUGCUGGAGAAAGGGCUGCUCGGCGGCCUCCUCUUCUUCUUCUUCCGGCACGGGAGGGCGUGAAGAGGGACACCCGGGGGCUGCUUGCCCCAUCCCGCUCCAUGUCAGCCCCUUGAUCCUCGGGUCUCGGUGCCGGGAGCGGGUCCUGGCGCUCGGCUGCCGUCAGUCCGUACCUGGAAAUAAAGGGGCUGGGAUGUA